CUAACCCAUAUUUUUAAGAGAAAUUCCAAAUCGAUUUGGACUUUGGCCUAUAAAAGUAGCGUCACGAGAUUGAUAUCUAGUACCGAAGAAAAUGUCUCACAGGGAUCAUGGAGCCGAUGGAUGGGAAAGCGCCGAUUUCCCAAUCACCUGCGAAUCUUGCUUCGGUGACAAUCCGUACAUGCGAAUGACCCGAGCGGAUUAUGAUAAGGAAUGCAAGAUAUGUAGUCGUCCUUUCACAGCUUUUAGGUGGCGACCAGGCCGGAAUGCUAGAUUCAAGAAAACCGAGAUUUGUCAAACUUGCUCUAAGCUAAAAAAUGUAUGCCAAGUCUGUCUUCUGGAUCUCGGUUUUGGUCUUCCUGUUCAGGUCAGAGACUCAGCACUCAAUAUUAAUUCUCACUACUCUGUCCCAAUGAGCCAUGUCAACAGAGAGUACUUUGCUGACGAGCAUGACCCAAAGACUAGAGCUGGACUGGAUUAUGAAUCUUCAUUUGGGAAGAUGCAACCUAAUGAUACUAUUUUAAAGCUUCAGAGAAGAACACCUUCCUAUGAAAAGAACCGGCCAAAAAUUUGUAGUUUCUACACCAUUGGUCAGUGUAAAAGAGGUGCCGAAUGUUCAUUCCGGCAUGAGAUGCCCGAAACAGGAGAGCUAUCCCAUCAAAACAUAAGAGAUCGUUAUUAUAGUGUAAAUGAUCCAGUCGCGAUGAAGUUACUCAGAAAAGCUGGUGAGAUGGGCACUUUGGAACCACCAGAGGAUGAAAGCAUCAAAACACUUUACGUCGGUGGACUUAACUCAAGAAUCUUUGAGCAGGACAUACAUGACCACUUCUACGCUUAUGGAGAAAUGGAAUCUAUCAGAGUCAUGGCCGAGGAUGGCAAAUAUGAUCAAAGUGGUUCAAACCAACAGCAACAGGGCAGUAUCGCUCAUACUGGAUUAAUAUCUCAGCAGCAGAAUCAACACUCACAAAUGCAGCAGUACUAUAUGCAGCCACCACCACCUAACGAAUACAGUCAUUACCCAUCAAUGGACACGCAGAGAAUGGGUGCAGCCUUUUCAACCCAAGAGAGUGAUGGUUCAAGCACCAGUGAGAACAACAGAGCUUAUUCUUCUUACUCUUACCCGAUGCCACCACACCAGCCAGGUAACUUAGCUUUUGAAUGAUUUUAUAAUAUCAAAUGGUCCAAGUUCGAAGAUUUAACUUUCAUGUCACCAUAAUGCCUUCUAUGUCAUUUAUUUGCUUACCUCAAGAGUCACUACAUUGAUGCCCUUCUAUGAUCCCCCUAAACCCUCCCAUUACCUGCCACGUGUCCUAUGCCCUUUUCCCCCAUUUUUCCAAUAAACAACUUUUGUUUCU